AUGGCAUUGAUGGUGGUACUGUGGUUUUUAUUUAGUUCGUCUUUCGUAUAUCAUGUCACGGGGAAGGAUAAUCUAACAGGUAAGACUCUUUAACUGUUUUAAGUGCAGCAGGUUGACUUUUAAGCCAAGGCGAGAGAUGUCGCUUUCUUAUACUAAAAAUAACCUGCAAUGUUUAAUAUGACAUGUAUUUUAAGUCUAACGCGGAUUUUUGCUUAACACUUGUUUUUGUCAAGAUACAAAAUAAACUGCAGUGAUUUCAGUGGCAAAAUUUAGUAAUCUUUCAGCCCUUUUUUUGUUCCAAUGGCCUUUUUGCUCUUUAAAUUUUAGCCAGAAAGCAACUUUUUGAUUCAAUCCAUACAUCGCGUGAAGCUGCUCUUGUUAGAAAUGGAAGCCAAAUGAUUCAAGCAUUCUGUGUUUAAAACUUCAUUGGAAAGACAAGUAUGUCCGCCCUGAGUUUUCGCCUGCUUCCCGGGGAUUUUUCGAAAGUGUAUUUUAAGGUCGAAUAUUGAAGGCGGUUUGAUGCGUAUAUACGUAUAUAUAUAUGCUGGCGGGCAUGUAACAAAUUUUGAUAACUACAAGCCUAAAUUGAAGGUAACCUUUGGUGGUUGAUCGAGCUGUUCCGUCAAAUAUUGCGUAAGAUUAACUUAAGAUUGAGUCCGCUCGAGAAGCGAUAAAAUUCAAUUGCUGAAUGGUUCUUUUUUAACUGUAAAUUUUUCCCUGGUUUCAUACAUUUUUCAGUCACGCUUUCGUUUAUAAGUGUUAAUUUAAUUUAAAUGCGUGGCCUGUAUAAAAUACCCUGAAACUCUUCAAUAGUAAUAAUAAUACCUGAAUGAUUGCUAAAGCCAUCCUUCAAAAACAAAAACAAAUAUUUAAGUAUAUAUAUAUCUGGCUCUAAGUUGGCACAAUCGUUUAGUUUGAAUAACAAAACAUCAAAGUCACGCCAUUCAUUAUAUGAAGCACCUUUAAUUUGAUCAGCGGCUUGUAUUCAAGGCUCGCUUUGAAACAUGGCGGGAGAGUCGGCGAGAGCAGGCGAGAGGGACACUUUUCAUUCAACGGAGAAAAUUCGUUCUAUUGUGAGGUAAAAGAAAGUUGCAGUUUUCCCAGCUUGCAUUUUUGUUGGUAAUUACUUAACAAAAUUUCAGUCCCGGUUCAUUAGCUGCAAACCGUUGCUGGCCGCUCGUUUUCUCAAAGAACCAUGUGCCGUGCAAAAACUAUUACCUUGUGUACUCAUGUGUAACUUACUCUUGAACGUCAUUCAGUACGCUGAUUUUAUCUCUUUAGUUGGAAGACUAUUAGUACAGUUUACCGCCAACUUUUUUGAGUCAAAUGCGUGAGUCUUUCAUCUUGUUGUAAACGGAAUUCCAGCAAAUACUGAAGAUUUCCGACGACUUUCCGAACGUUUCCGAAAAUGUCGAAGAUGUUCCGACAACGAGAGAGCACUUCCGAUGCUAUUUAAAAGAUGACAAUUGACCACUCCAGAAAUACCAUGACACACCAUAAUGCUCUUUGUUUGUUACCCCAUAAUUUUGCAUAGGCAUUGUCUUCAGUUUCCUUGGGAAUUAAAGUGGCCCUAAGAGAAACUGAAAACAAUGCUUAUGCAAAAUUUUGGGUUGACAAACAAAGAGCAUUAUGGUGUGUUAUGGUAUUUUCUGGAGUGGUUAAUUUUAGUGUGUUUCGAUUUUGUAAGGACAAAAAGUCAUCAUUCAAUGCCUUUUUGGAGGAUUUUCGUGGAAAUUAAAUUGAAUUUUAGUUAUUAAUCCUGUGUCAAAGAACAUUUUGUCCGGAUUUGUGAGUCAGUUGGCGUGAUAAAUUGUCCUUGAUGCUCGAGAUCAACGUCUUUAGUCCGCAGGUGUGAGACUCACACAUAAUGCAGGCAGGUUAAGUGCAGACGUGUACAUACUGCUUGUUAGAGCCUUCUUGGAGCAAUAAUAAUCCGUGUGAACCAAGGGACCCUCCAGAUUUCAAGUAACAGGAAUGAUCGAAUGGGGGCAAAAAUUAAAACUCAAAAAAUCUCUGAACCAAAAAUUAACCCCCAAAAUGUUCUAUUUGAUGUAAUGUGUGAAAUGUUAAAACAGUGGCAAUUAAGAAUUUGUUCAUGCUUAUGGAUGCACGCGGGAAAACUUCCCAAGUGCAUCCAUAAUUCGAUAUAUGCACAGCUAAAAGCAUGAGCAAAUUCUUUUAUAACAUAGCUGACAAAAAUGUUGCUUUUUGAUUAACUGCAAAAUUCUCGUAACGCACGGCACAAUAACAAACGCUUCUAUUGGCUGAUUACAAACGCACCACAAUCAUCUAGUUUGAAUGAAAAUUCUUUCUGUAUAAAACUGAGAAAGAAAAUUAAUUGCUUAUUUAUUUGUUAACGAUCAAUGAGGAAAAGAGACAAAAAACACAGCUUAACACGUCAUCAUGAAAAAAAUCUUUAUUUACGCAAGGGCAUAUGAAUUAAAGAUUUUGUUCACAGCAGUUCAAUAGGACUCAUAUAGGGCAAGCAUGCAUGCAUGCUAUGUUAUAAAACAUCUUUGGCUAUGCUCUCUUCCCAGAACUACGUGGCCUGGAUACACAGGCACUACCAUGAAACUUCAGAUUGUUCUGAAUACCCCAAAAUAUCUCUACUUCAAUCAAGUCUCCCAAAAAAAUACUUGCCAAAUUUUCCUACCAAAGUCCAAAGUCAAGUCCAAAAAGAAAACCUUCAAUCAUCCCCAUGACCUUGAAAUCCAGAUAAGCCCCUGCCCUGCUGGGUAUGUGAAUAGAAUUAUUUUAAAACUUUCUCUAGUCAGUGCUUUUAAUACACAUUGUUCACCCUACCCUGCUGGUAGAGUCUCUUUCAUUCUUCCUUGGAAAAUUUACCCUGCGAGUGAGCAGAGUCUCAAAUCAAAGCUUCAACAUCCCCUCCCAGUCAACCCCCUGGACAUUUGAAUUUUUAACAAAAAUUAAUAUUCAAAUUCCCACUGCUUCAGCUAAAAUGCCAUUCAAAUGCCCCAUCAUAGUUUCAUUUUAGGUGAUCAAAUACCUCUAUCCUUAGGAAAUUAAAAAGGGACCAUAUUACUCUUUUAACUAUUAAAUGUAGCUUGUCUAAUGCCCUUGAAGCCAAGUAUGCACACAGAGCAAAGCUUGUGCAAUCCUUUGCUUUUCAGCUGUUCCACCAUGAAGACGCAAUCUUUUCUUUUAAAAGUCAUGCCAGCCCCCACGAUGAUUUAUCAUGUCCCACGGGACUCCUCGAAGUUGCCACUUCAAAAUUCAAAGAAAGCAGUACUUAAGUGACCCUUAGCUUUGCACAAUAAACAAGCUUGAAAAAUUCAGCUCUUUUUAUAAAUCUAGAUUAACCUCCUGCUGUGCCCAAAUAAUUAUUCUUUAACAAUGCUAGAACUUAAUAUUUAUAUUAAGAGAUUUAUUAGUUAAGAGAAAUAUUGGUUUGAGAUGUACCAGUACCUACUUAGUACCUGGAAAAUUGUAGGUCUUAGAAAUACUAAUCUGAUCUCACAAUUGUGGAAGAAUUUUUGGCAAGUCCCAAGGGUAGUUUUUGGUGUUUCUUUAUCCCUAAACCAUAGACCUUUUGCCUCACAUUUUAACUCUCUUCCAGACACUUUUGCAAAAAUGGUUCCUGCAGGAAUCAUUCGAAAAAAAAUUGUAAAAAAAUCAGCAUUACUUCCAAUUGCCACCAAAUUUGGUACACAGAAAGGAGACAGUCUUAGCCAAUAAAAUUUACAGGGCUAGUUUCAGCCUCUGGCCAUGAAAAGCUUUGACACACAAAGUUUUGAAAAUUUGGAAAAAAUGGUCGGUGAUGCAGGAAGAAUUUAUUUAUGGUGGCUUUUAAUAACAGCCAAGAAGCACUUUUAGAAUUCCCUGAGAAGGAGUGUCUUCUAGUGAAAAUAAAAGUGAUUUGGGUCGUCAGCGAUGAAAUGAGAACGACAAAUCGAUGUAAGCAAGCUUGCUUCCUUUCACUCGCACAUGUUUACUCUCGGCAAUGAAGACCACAUGUUUUUCAAAUGGCAAUGAAAUGCUUCUCAGAAUGGCUUCUAAGUCCAAAACCUCGCAUAUUUUCUUGAAAUCAAUUUUCCACAUCAAGAGCUCAAUAUUUUGCUGGAAACAAGCUUUUUUAGUGUCUGAAGCAAAAGAUUGUCUCAGAAACUGAUGCUUAAGACUAGAAUUCAAGUAUGCAAAUGUGUAUUUACCAUUAGCAUAAUCUGAUGGCUGCAGAAAAUAAAUUUUUAUAAAAUUCUAUGUCAUUGGGUGGUCUGUUAUAUCUUACAUAUCAAGGAAAAAAUUUUUCUUUUUGACUUUUUCCUCAAACCAGACAUAACUGUUCCAAAAAUUACAUUUUUAUUAAAAAUGCUUGCAUAAAAAUUAUACAAAAGGACAUCUUGUGAACUUUUUACUAGAGAAAGAAAAAUUUUUUCCUGCAAGGGUAUUUUAUUUGCCCUUUACAAAGAGGUAAAGCCUUCUAUGCUGCUCUUUAUGACCCCCCGAGUAAUUAAUUUUCAAAAUAACUAUGGCAAUUUUUUCUCUUUUUUGAGUUGUCUGGAAAAGAGUAAAACCAAGGUCUCCGAGUCUUGAAGAGUCUGAGAUUUUACCAUUCAUCAUCACCAGUGUAGUCUAGUGAAUUUUGCAUGAUCUAUUUUAUAAAUUUCUUUGCAGUUACCAUGGAUAUGAAGGUCCGGGCAUGGUGUGAAGCUGGUGAUGAAGGAUUUAAGACGGUAAAUGUUAUUUGGUAUCCUCCCAACAGUCCAGAGAGUACCUCUUCUGUUGAAUCCAGUUCUUACUCAGUAUUUUUUACAAGCACAAUAACUGAAGAGUACAAGUAUCAGUUUGGCUGUGCUCUAAACACAACACAGCAGUCAUUGCAGCAAGGGCAAUUGCAAUGCAGCAUUUCAUGCCGAUCAUGUGAAGGUGGUUUAUUUCCAUGGAAGUUUUACUUCAUCCUGAAAAUGACAAAUUCCUCUGGAUCUUAUGUUACUGGAAAAAAAUCCUGUCGCCUUGUGAAUACUGGUAAGCUCUAAAGGAUGAUUGCUUAUUAAAAUAGUGAUGGGACAAUAGUCUGUCCCUUUUUAUUGUGACAGAGUGUAUCCCUUCUCUGUGAGUAAGAUUAUUUCUUCUUCCUAUUGGAAGUAUGAUGUGUAUCUUGAAGCCUGGCCUCAUUGGCUGCUUAGCUUAAAUACUCAGCUAAAUCAAGGUCUGUCUAUAAAUCAAUCUGAGAAAGACUGUCAUGAUAAAGUGAAGUGAACUGAAGUGUUUGAAACCUGGCAAGGCAAGUCGUCCUGAUGAUAUAUAUUUCAAGCAGGGGACUGCACCUUAUUGGAGAUGUAUUUUUGGACUGCUUUAUGCCACUGGCUCAAAGAAGUAUUUUGGAAUGCAAAUUCCCAAGCCAGUGGAAGCAGGCACAGGUGAAAUGUCUUCACAAGAAAGGGAGCACUCUCGACUGCGGAAAUUACAGGCCGAUCUCCCUUCUCAGCAUUCCGGGCAAGCUAUUAGAGAAUGUUGUAAGCCAACAACUUGACAACUUCUUAUAUGGCAACAAUCAAAUCUCUUUGAAUCAAUGGGGCUUCAGAAAAGGAGGCUCACCUGAACUUCUUUUACUCUCACUAACAGAACGAUGGCGUUUGGCCCUGGAUGAAAGCAAGGUUAUUGCCGUAGUCUUCAUUGACUUUCAGAAAGCGUUUGAUUGCGUCAACCAUACAGUUCUCAUGGAUAAAUUACACUCUAUAGGCAUUAGUGGCUCCUUUUACGAUUGGCUCCUAAAUUACCUCGAAAAUCGUAAACAAUUUGUAACUGUAAAUGGUUCUAACUCAGAAUUGUUGGAAAUAGAUACUGGUGUGCCUCAGGGGUCUUUACUCGGUCCCAGAUUUUACAGUAUUUACUCGAAUGAUUUACCUGAAGCCACAACGAAUGCUUCUGUUGAAAUGUUUGCGGAUGAUACCACAGUUUUUUGUAUUGGAAAUACUGUUGAUGAAGUCUUAUCUAAAAUUCAGGAGGCGAUCGCCGACUUAAACAAAUGGGCUAAGGAUAACUUCAUGACUAUUCAUCCUGCAAAAACCGAAUUGAUGUUGUUAUCUAAAUCACAAUUCAUCGGGCCCUUACAGAAAAUAUGUUUAGGGCAAAAGGAGUUGUCCUUUGUUUCUAAAUCUAAAUGUUUAGGGAUUCAAAUCGACAAUAAACUCUCCUGGUCGCCACAUAUCAAAUCCUUGAGCAAACGUUUUUCAGCAAGAGUGAAGAAACUGAAACACUUAAAAGGUCUCGACAGUCGCAUCUUAGAGUCAAUUUAUUUCAAAGGUAUCAUUCCAAGUAUUACGUAUUCAAUUGCAUUAUGGGGAUCUUCAAAAUCUCUUCAGACCCUGGAGGACAUUCACAUCGGAGCAGCGAGAUUUAUUUUUAACAUAAAGAAUUCUACUCUUAGCACUGAGGUCCUGGCAGCGACAAAAUGGAAGUCUUUAUCAUACAUGUACAAAAAGAGGAUUGCAACCAUAUCUUAUCAAGCAUUUUAUAACAGGGCUCCGGCUGGUAUAAAUUCUUUAUUUAUUAAACAUUCUCCAUUAAGAAAUCUCAGGGACAGUCUGAAACUAUACGUGCGUUGCCCUAAAAGUGACUUCCUUCGAUCUUCCUUCUCUCAUCGUGCGUCUAUUCUAUGGAAUAACUUACCCAUGUACUUAAAGAGCAAACCCAAUAUUGGUUCUUUUAAAUCUGCUCUUAAAGAAAAAUCUGACAUUUUAGAUAAAAUAACAUUUAAUGGGUUACAGGGAAUAAAUAAAGAUAUUGUAAAUUAUAUAUAUUAAGGCAACAGUCAACUGUUGUUUAUCUUGCUAGGUAUUGUUUUAUUUUUCCUUACUCAUUGUAAAUAAUUCAUUGGUUUGUUAAUAUUAUUAGUUACUUUUUUUUGUAGAUACUUUUUAGUUUGUAGGUCCACAUCAGCUCUUUAGCUGCCUUUUUCACUGACCUACAUGACAAAUAAAGUAUGUAUAUGUAUGUAUGUAUGUAUGUAUGUAUGUAUAAAGCUUUUAAAACAACUGCCUUCAUGACAAUGUUGAAAGGCCUUAAGGGUAGUGUCAUCUAUUAAAAUUGCAUUUAUUUCUGUGUAUCUGAAUUGUCAUAGGAAUUAGAUUCCAGGUCUCUCUUCCUGAGUAAUUGUCUUCUCUACACAAGCGCAACCAACCCAGUCCAGUAUACUUGGAUGCUCUGAUUUGCCUGGCUUUAAGUUUGUGAGCCACAACUAAUGCCCUUACAUUCGCUUGUGCUGUUCUUUUAUUCAUUUGUCAUUCAAUGAAAUGCAUGUUUUCCUGAAAUCACACACCUUAGUAACAUUAUUGGUUGCCUCCUUAAAAAUUCAAACCUUAUGAAAUCAUAUAACCCUGAUUGGGGGGCUGGGAUGUGGGUUGGAGGGGAUGCUAAAUGGGUUCUCCAGCUAAGGUAAGGUGACUCUAUUUAAACGCAGUAAAAUUUCCAUGAGGUACAAUUACAUUUUACUAUAAGUAUAGACUCUAACUAACUUGCCAAACUAGAAUUUGAAGAUAA